AUGGUGAAGAGGAGGUUGAACGUGCAGGACAUGGCGAGGAAGGCGAUUUGGGUUUUGAUGUUGAAGAAUACUGCGCCUUGUUGGGCGAAGUUCAUGACGGCGAUGGAGAGGCCUAGGUCGGGAAUUCGAAGCGUUAGUGAAGGGGAGGUGGAUGACGGUAAAG